UACACCAGCAUCCGAGAGACCCUUCCCAUCAAAGCACUUCGGCCACUUGCUGACGGCAGCUUGCCAGUGUUGAUAGACACUAAGGCGACCGGCAAAGAAGCGCGCAUCCACAGUCUGGUUCAUCCCAGGCCGGUCGUGCAGAACACUUGGUAUCGUGUCGAGGUAGGCGAGUUGGCGGAGGGAGGCUUCAUCAAAGUUGACAACGAGCUCUUCCGGCUGGCCGAACGACAAACCGAAGUUUCCUCAUCUGUCUAG